AAGCAGCAGCUCGGUUCGGUAACGUGCAGUUGGAAAAACCAGCCUCAACCAUGGCCUCUGUUACCGCAACCGAUCAGUCCCGGAAAAAUGUGGAAUUUAUCGUCAAAAAUCUACUUGCUGGAGGUGUGGCCGGAAUGUGCUCAAAGACCGCCGUAGCGCCGCUUGAUCGCAUCAAGAUUUUGCUGCAAGCACACUCGAUCCACUACAAACAUCUCGGCGUAUUCAGCGGUCUGCAGCACAUCGUCAAGAAGGAAUCCUUCUUUGCCUUGUACAAGGGCAAUGGCGCACAGAUGGUACGAAUAUUUCCGUACGCCGCUACUCAAUUUACCGCGUUCGAGGUGUACAAGAAGUAUCUGAGCAAAGUGCUGGGCACGAACUUGCCGAUCAAGCACGCGGAUAAAUUUAUUGCCGGUGCGUCCGCGGGUGUGACCGCCGUCACCUUGACGUACCCUUUGGACACGAUAAGGGCCCGAUUGGCCUUUCAGGUGACCGGAGAGCAUCGGUACAACGGUAUUGCACACACCGCGGUCACGAUCUUCAGGACGGAAGGUGGAUUGCGUGCCCUUUACCGUGGAUUUGUACCGACGCUGAUGGGAAUGGUACCGUACGCAGGAUUUUCGUUCUACUGCUUCGAAAUGCUCAAGUUCGUCUGCAUGAAGUACGCCCCGGGCAUAACGUGUAAAAAGUGUGACCGCAACACCGGCGGAUUAGUCCUGUGUGUUCCCGCAAAGCUGCUGUGCGGUGGGUUCGCCGGUGCCGUAGCCCAAUCCUUCUCCUAUCCACUGGACGUGACCCGAAGGCGGAUGCAGCUAGCGAUGAUGAACCCGGAAACGGCAAAGUUCGGGAGCAUGGGAAUGUGGAAAACGUUAAGCAUAAUCUACAACGAGAACGGUAUCAUCAAAGGCCUUUACCGGGGGAUGUCGAUCAAUUACCUGCGCGCCAUUCCGAUGGUGGCAGUGUCGUUUUCAACCUACGAAGUGCUAAAGCAAGCCCUCAAACUGGACACGGGUAUGAAGAUUUGA